AUGGCCUACAGGAUUGUAAAGUUGUAUCACCCAAGCCACCGUGUGCCGAGCUUAGAAGAAGCCGACGAGUUUUUCAACAAAGUCUUUGGGAUCCCUAGCGUAUGGCGGAGCGCACUUUACACGGAACCGGAUCCUAGAUACCCAACGUACCCGACCGACUACUGCAUCUUUACAUCCAUUGCAGAUGUCUUCUUCGACUGCAUCGACCCCAGAAAAUACAUCAUCGAUGGAGAACAACGCUAUGCCACGGUCGAGAAGCCUCAGUUGAACGGCCUGGGUUGGGGUGUCGAGGGUAUCGACGAGAUUUACGCCAAAGUCCAAACGUUGGGCAUCCGCUGUACUGACCAAGCAAACCGGCCUUCUGAUCCCCAAGUGUGCCCGGUGGCCUCGUUCAAGAAGUCCAAACUGUUCUAUACCGAAGCACCCACCAGUGGACUUCGCUACGAAUUCUAUCCCGUGGAGAGUAUUGGCGAUUACGACCACCGCAAGAACCCAUCAUGGGAACUGAAGCCGCGGAUCGGCAAGGGCGAUCUUAAGGUUCAAUUCUGUUCUCACCACACCAUCCUCACCGGGAACAGGGAGCGCGCAAUCCGACUGUACGUGGACACUCUGGGCGGGAGAGUGAUUCAUGACGAAAGGAAUACGCUCCGUGGAACUGACAGUGUCUAUAUUCUGCUGGCUGAUGCUGUCUAUGAAUUUGCAACUCCGCGUCAUUCAGGCUCAUAUGCGGCAAAAGAUUACGAGACUCGGGAACAUCCUGAGGAGGAUGUCUACCACGCCUUGACGUGGAAGGUCGAGGACUUGUCUGUGGUCAAGAACCAUCUCAGGGCUCAAGGAGUCAGAAUCAUUGCCGAGAACGACGAGAUGGUCAUUGUGGAACCUGCCGACGGCUUGGGCAUUCCUUGGGGAUUCAUCACUACGAUCUUGCCGAAUGACGAUAGAUAUACACCUGAGCUGUGGACAUAG